AGGAAGACCUGUUACACCGGUAUGCAAAUAAUACAGUAUAUAAAGUUAUUAGAAUUAUCGUCACCAACGAUUCACACCCCCUACCUUCUCAUCUACACCGGAGAUAUCGGUUGCAACAUGAACGUUAUUGUAUCGUUAUUAGUACUGGCAGUGGUACAACAGACAUAUGCGGGGACGUUAGGCUCUAUAUUCGGAACAGGCAAUACGGUACAAGCUGAUGACGAUGAGCAAGGAACACCGACCGUCAUCGGUGUAGAUGAAAACAACAAUGUUAGAACUCUGGACUGGUUAUCGAAGACUUGGAAUAAACCGAUAAAAAACGCCCAUGGUAUGUCUAAAGUUGUUAUAAUGAAGACAGGCGUAUUGCUGGGAAUUGGCAUGAAAGACGAUUCCUUAUACGCAUGGAAGGACCAAGAUGGUGAAUGGGGAUGGCAGGGACCGGUAGAGAACAGUUGUUGUGUUAAAGAUAUCGCCAUACGAUGGGAUGGAAUGAUUUUAGCUAUCAGCACGGACGGUAGUCUCCUGAUCCGUGGUUUAAUUGACGGCUCUUGGCAAGAGGCUCCCGCCUUCGCUUGCUGUGGUGCUGGCAUCGAAUAUAACCCGGUAGACGGUCGCAUCCUGGGUCUGAGUGUUGACGGUUAUCUUAGAUCUCGCAAUUCCCUGGUGAACGAUUGGUUCAAUCCUGCCACCGACAGCGUUAAACUCAAGGACCUGUGCGUGAUUCAGACCGGGGAACACGAUGGUGAGCUAUACGCCGUAACUAAACGAGGCUGUAAAAUCGUGACUAUGAACGUUGACAGAGAGUGGGUGGACUCUGAAAUCAACCCCGAUGGGUUCUGUAUCAACUCUUUGGCUGCUGGUCAUAACGCAGAAAUCAAAACGGAUCACUGAACACCCAUAUAAAGUAAAUAGUCGCCGUUGGCGGAGUACGCAGUUAUUAGCCCGACCGUUGAUGUCUUUUAGAAACCUUAUUCGAACCCCCUGGAGCAAGAACAUGAGAUUUAAAACCGGAAUAAAAGAUUAAAGCUGGAUAUCGAUAUUAUGUGCAUGUUAAAAUGUUUGUUGAUGUAUGUAUGUAUUUUUACUAAUCUAUUAAAUCAUACAUAUCAUGACGUCAUA